CGGUUCGGAGUAGUUAGAGUUAUUCCCCUUGAUUCAAUUAGUUUCCUUAAUUCAAUUUCUCACACCCACACCCACAACUACCUUGUUUGUCAGUCGACCGCUUCCUUACACAAAGAUCUCCCAUUCAUACUAAACAGUCUCAUCCUUUCAAAAAAUAUCCAGACAUUGGGAAACAGGUGAGGCUUGGUGACAGGAAAAGCAUCCAGCUGAAUAAAAUCUGCUUCUAUGAAUGCUUAUAUAUGCUUAUAUGCAAGCAUGGAAAAAGGGACAUUUAAAGGGUGAUGAUGAUGAUGAUGAUUAUGUCUACAUGUGCAUGUAAUGUAUGCAUACCCUAGUGCUAUACAACAACAACAACAACUUGCAUCUUCAGGAAGAUAAUUGUUGUUUGGUAAAGAAGACAUUGGCUGCGCUAUCAGCAAGUCAUGAAGAAAUGUGGUCUGGACAAGCAAGGCAUUGGCGGCACCGAACAUCACAGCAGUGGUGUCACUUUGCGCAAGGCAUCGCAGAGCAGCUUCAAUGACGACCACGAAGACGAUGACUCUUUGGAAAACAUGGAGUUCCUUUCUUGCAUGCUGCCAUAUGAUGAAGAAAUUGCUGAGACAAAAAAGUCUGUGGAACGGAUUCUGGGAGAGGUAAAUGCUGAAUACCACGAACCUCUACCAUUGGAAACUGACUUGCGCAGAUUCGAAGAACCCCUUCUCCAUUUGAGGACUUUCUUGGACAAUAACCGAGACCCUCCUAAUAGUACUACCCCAGCUGUCAAUGGACCCUGUAGAGAUCCAAUCCAAGCUAUGAGAGCGUUUCUGGAUCGUUAAAUGUUUAAAGUGUUGUGAGAGAUGAUUCUUCUAGUUUUUGUUUGUUGUAUUUGUUUUUAUUAAACGUUGAUAUAUUCCUGUU